UUCUUUUCUUUGUUUUUUUGUGGAAGCCUGUAUCUGCCAUCGCUGCACGGCUUCAUCUGUGAGAAUGCGCCUUCCUUGUUUCUGGGGUGAGUUUCCAGCGCGUCGGCUCCUGAACGCUGCAAACACUCCGGGCGGCUUGUUCCCAUUGUUCCCAUUGUUCCCAUUGCGAUCGCCUGCGAUUAAAAGGCAGCGCGGGUAGCAGCACCCCAGAGCGGGCGCAGAGGGUGCUGAGCGCCCUGCUUUAAUAAGGAAUGGCGUGCCCCACACCCGACAGCGCGGAGCAUGCGCAGAGCCGCGCAGAGCCGCGCUGGGCCAUAUUGGAAUGAGGCAGUGGACAGCACGGGCAGAGCUGGGAGGCACGGCUUGGAAAAGCGACCUGGAAAAACUGGGAACAGGGGUUGGUGUGGAUGUUCUGAAGAGAGAGAGAGUCUGCCGAUGAGAACACAGCUGUGAGAGCCAGGGAGGGAGGAGAGACCCGGCGCACACAACCUCACACCCAGGGGAAUGAGUGAGAGACGCCUGGACAUGAGCAGCAGAGAGCCCCAGGACACAGAUGCUGUGUCUGGCCUGGAGGACUCAGAGUUUAACUGGGAUGAGUAUCUGGAGGAGACUGGAACCAUUGCCACCCCACACAGCUCUUUCAAGCAUGUGGAUCUCAGCCUGCAGAACGGGUUCAGCUCCGGGAUGAAGCUGGAGGUGGCGAACAAGAGUGACCCCGAGACGUACUGGGUGGCGUCCAUCAUCAUGACGUGCGGGCAGCUGCUCCUCCUGCGCUACGACGGCUACAGGGACGACCGCCGCGCGGACUUCUGGUGUGACAUCAUGACUGCUGACCUGCACCCCAUCGGCUGGUGCGGACAGAACAACAAAGUGCUCAGACCCCCAGAGGGUAUCCGGGACAGGUAUUCGGACUGGGGUGCCUUCCUGGUGCAGACGCUGUCUGGGGCGAGCAGUGCUCCUGCAGCUCUGCUGGAGGGGCCUCACCGGGGCAGGAACCCCCUGGACCUCUUGGCUCCCGGGUCUCUGCUGGAGCUGCAAGACCGGGAGUGGCCCCUGCAGGCCUGGCUCGUGGUGGUGGAGGAGAACACGGGCGGCCGGCUGCGGCUCCACUAUGCCGGGGCUGAGAAGCGUGCCGAGCAUCGGCGCUGGCUCUUCUACCUGGACCCCUUCCUUCAUCCCGUUGGCUGGGCCAGGCAGCAGGGCCACUCUCUGACACCGCCCGCAGCUGUGAGGGGGCUGAAGAGCGAGUCUGACUGGCAGGAGGUCCUGCAGGGCGUUCUUGGGAAGACAGAGGAGUCCGCAGUGCCUGAGCAGUUCUUCAAGGACAAGCCUGUGAUCGGCACUCAUUCAUUCUCAGCUGGGAUGAAGUUAGAGGCUGUGGACCCAGCGGCACCUUUCACUAUCAGCCCAGCAACGGUGACCAAGGUUUUCAAUGAGAAGUAUUUCCUGGUUCAGAUCGAUGACCUUCGCUCGGAGCCGCUGGGGGCCAGUGCGUUCGCGUGUCACGUGUCCAGCGGGGGGAUCUUUCCUGUGCAGUGGUGCCUGAAGAACGGGGUUCCCCUUACUCCUCCCAAAGGUUACCCAGGACAAGACUUCGACUGGGCUGACUACCUGAAACAGUGCAGCUCAGAGGCAGCCCCGCAACACUGCUUUUCAGUGGACCUGCCUGAUUUCGGAUACACAGAGAACAUGAAACUGGAGGCAGUGAACCCCCUCAGCCCGGAAGAGAUUCACGCUGCCACGGUUACCAAGGUGAAAGGGCAGCACAUCUGGCUGCGUCUGGAAGGUUCGAAGAAGCCAGUCCCAGAGUGCAUCGUGCAUGUGGAAUCCAUGGACAUCUUCCCAGUGAGCUGGUGUGAAACCAACGGAUACCCGCUGAGCCAUCCCCGAAAACCCAAAGUCAAGAAGCAAAGGAAGAUCGCUGUGGUGCAGCCAGAAAAACAGGUGGCACCCAGAAACACCGCGCACGACGGCUUGAGGAGCCAGGACUACAACUCCAGCGAGUCAGGGCUCGGAAACGGUAAAUACUGCUGUCCGAAAAUCUACUUCAAUCACCGAUGCUUCUCGGGUCCGUAUCUCAAUAAGGGCAGGAUUGCGGAGCUGCCACAGUGUGUGGGGCCUGGCAACUGUGCGCUGGUGCUCAAAGAGGUCCUCACCUUGCUGAUCAACGCUGCCUACAAGCCCAGUCGGGUCCUGAGGGAGCUGCAGCUGGAUGAAGAGGCUCGCUGGCAGGGGUACGGAGAGACCCUCAAGGCCAAGUACAAAGGGAAGAGUUACCGCGCCACGGUGGAGAUCGUCAGGACAGCCGACCAGGUGCCUGAUUUCUGCAGGAAGACCUGCAUCAAGCUGGAGUGCUGCCCCAACCUGUUCGGGCCGAGGAUGGCACUGGAGCGCUGCUCGGAGAACUGCUCAGGGCUGACCAAGACCAAGUACACAGCUCACUAUUACGGGAAGAAGAGGAGCAAGCGCAUCGGCCGCCCCCCGGGGGGGCACACCAACCUGGAGGGGGGGGUCAAGAAGCCCAGCAAGAGGCGGAAACGACGCAAGCACUUCUUUGUGCACAAGAAGAAACGGUCCCCGGCCUCGCUGGACAACACGCCCGCAGGAUCCCCACAGGGGAGCGGAGAGGAGGAGGAUCUGGAUGAGGAGGAGUCUGGCAGCGAGGACUCGGGUUCGGAGCAGCAGGACGAGCUCAUGGAGGACUCCGAGGUGUCUGAGAAGAAAUCCCGACCCUCCUCCCCCUCGCAGGGAGACAAGAGGAAGAGGAAGAGCCGCGCAUUCUCCUUCUCCGACGAUGAGAACAAGCCCCCCUCCCCUAAGGAGCUGAAGUCCAUGGUGGAGGACAGGCUGCAGCUGGACAGCAGCCCCCUGGACUGGAGCGUGGCUGACGUGGUCCGGUUCAUCAAGACCACGGACUGUGCCCCCCUGGCACGGAUAUUCCUCGAUCAGGAAAUCGACGGGCAGGCGCUGCUGCUGCUCACCCUGCCCACUGUCCAGGAGUGCAUGGACCUGAAGCUGGGCCCCGCCAUCAAGCUGUGCCACCACAUCGAGCGGGUCAAACUCGCCUUCUACCAGCAGUACGCCAACUGAGGGGCUCGGGGAACGGAGCCACUCCAGCGUGCAACUCUCCCUGAGACGAGAGUGCAUUCACUGACAGAAUCCCAGGGGCCUCGCGCCUCGCAGCACUGCACUGUCUUCAGUGACACGUGAUCAGUAAUUCUCCAGCAAAUCACAGCCUGCGAAUUUGAACGCUUCUCCGUGGGUCAAGAGUUUCCUCCAAUCAAAGCGGCUCUCUGCGAGCGGAGUGUUUACCCGAUCUCCUUCCCUGAGCGGCUCCAUAAUCUCAGUGCACCCCAGACUCAGCAUCACAAAGCACAAAAAAAAUAAAAAAAUAAAAAAAUAACAAGAACUCGAAAUGAGGAUUGUUAAAAAUGUAAUCUCGUGAAAGUGGAAGCGACCUGGUAGUUGAUAUACAGGGACGUGUUCAUUACUUUGAUGUAUAUGCUUUAGAAAGCGUGAAAUUCAUUAUUAAAUGGGACUUACUGUAAUGACAAAGCACACAUUAUUAUUAUUAUUAUUAUUAUUAUUAUUAUUAUUAUUAUUAUUAUUAUUAUUAUUUAUAAGAGCCGUGUGGUCAUUUCGCUUUGCUUUACCACCCUGGAAUAUGAACUGUCAGAUAUGAAAUCUAAUAUUUAUUUCCCUGUAAAGAGGGUGUGCUGUUGUAAGGGUGCUUCAUGAAGGACGUAUAGAAUAUCGUAUUGGGUGCUGUCUGAUACGAGCUGAGAUCCACCAUUGAGAGAUCAGAGUGGCUGGCUGCCCUUCAGUGGGUGACGCUUGGCUCUCAUGCUGCACUGCAUCUCAUACUCUGUCCUUCAUAAUACAAAGCUGCAUAUGAACCGUGUAGCUGGCAUCGUUUCCAUGUGGUACACAGAAAUGUCAGGUGGCUGUAUGCUCUCUGGAUGUAUUGAUCACUGUUUGUGUGCAUCAGUUCAUGCUGAACUCAAUGUUUCCCGUUGUACGCAUCACUAGAUACACACCCUUCAUUCACCUCACAGUCCGUUCUGCUUUGGUGCUUUUAAUGGUCACUAUGUUGUUUUCUCAAUGCACGACUCUGUUUUGACCUUCUUCGUUUUACACCUUGGGCCUGGUUUUCCAAAGCUGGUGAAAGUUAAGAUUCCCUGAGGAAUCUACUCACAAAACCCUUUAAGAGGGUUUAUAGACAUGUUUUUCAGUUAAACAGUAUUUUGUGAAAAGGGAAAUAAACCAAUAAAGCCUUUAUAAACUAGUUGGUUCUUCCAACUUGAUUGAAUUAAUGGGCUAACAUUUUUACACUUCAAAUUUGCACAAGAAAAUAAAAAAGUAUAAAUGACUUUUUUCAGAGGUAGGCAUCUAGUACCCCCCCCCCCCCCCC